CACUUGAAUCAUUCGUACCAAAAUAAAAACAAAAUUAAUUAAAAAUCUCGUAUUUCUUUAUUAUUUUUUUAAUAUUUAAAGGAUGCAAUAGUUUUUUUUGUGUCAAAAUCAAAUUUUAAAGUACAAUUUUUGAUAAGUGACAUAUCAAUCAAAGGAAUCAAAGCAUAAUUUAGUCAAAAGUUUGAAAAAAUGAAAUUCCGUUUCUGUGGCGACGGCGAUUGCCCCGACUGGGUCCUGACUGGCAUCCAUUCGCAACUUGUCACGCUCAGCUCGAUAAAAUUGCGUCUGUUUGCGCAGCACGUCGCCCGCAGCAUUUUGGGCGAAGACUUGCCGGAGGACAAAGUACGAGAUGCGUUCGGUGUCGAUGCGAAAGGCAGCAAUUUGGACGUCGUGAAGGCGGCAAUUUCGUGUCUGCGGUAUUUGAUGGUGAAUGCGGUGAAAUUCGACACGGAGACAAUGACCUUCAACGAGGAAUUGCAGCAACUGGGGUUCCCGAAGGAACAUGCGGCGGCCAUUUGUAAAGUUGUCGAGGAUUUUUCCGAGCGGAUUAGACGGGAUUUGGCCGGGAAAGUGUUGAAAGUUGAUGCUGUGGAAGAUGUUGAGGCGACGAGGAAGGGGGAUUUUGUGCAAUUGCAAUUUAAGGUGACGGGAAAAUUGGUUGAAGGAGUGCCGCAGAAAAAUUUCACAGAAAUUUUGAAUGUGCAUAAGAAUGAUGUUCCGUUGCUGUUGAAGGAACUGAAGACGGCACAUGAAAUUAUGAAGCAAUAUGAUGAAGGAACGAAUAAAAUGGAUGAAAAUUAAGCUAAAUUAUUUUUUUUUCCUUUUUGAAAUAAAAUUAAUUUUUUGUAAGAAAUUUUUUUCAUAUUUUUUUCUACGAAAUUAAAUAACUUAUUGAUUUAAAAUAGUGCAAAAGUAAAUUUGCAGGUUCAACAUAGGCAACUAAAUUUUUUAAAAAAUUUUUCAUAUUUUAGCUGAAAACAUGAUUUAUAAAAACCAAAAUAAUAAAAUAUUUUUGAAAAAAAAAUUAUUUUUAACAAAAAUUA